AGGUAGCGUCUGUUCCUGUGCCAGGUCUAUUUGGCAUCAUGAAGCUGCACCCAGCCUGCUGCAGCUGCUUCCUGCUGACCCUGUUCAGUGUCUGGAGCCUCACUCCUGAGGCCCAGGCUGUGUCCACGGAGAGAGUGGCCAUCACUGCAGCCUCUUUCCUGCAAAACCUCAUGCAUCGCUAUGGGGAGGGAGACACUCUCACCCUGCAGCAGCUGAAGGCUCUGCUCAACCACCUGGAUGUGGGAGUGGGUCGGGAUAACAUCAGCCAGCCUGUGCAGGGGCAGAGGAACCUCUCCAGGUGCUUUAGUUCCAGAGACCUCUUUGCUGCCCACAACUUCAGUGACCAGUGGAGGAUUGGAAGGAGUGAGUUCCAGGAAUUCUGCCCCACCAUCCUCCAGCAGCUGGAUUCCCGGGCCUGCUCCUCCGAGAACCAGGAGAAUGAGGAGAAUGAGCAGACAGAAGAGGGGAAGCCAAGUGCAGUGGAAGUGUGGGGAUACGGUCUCCUCUGUGUGACUGUCAUCUCCCUGUGCUCCCUCAUGGGGGCCAGCGUGGUGCCCUUCAUGAAGAAGACUUUUUACAAGAGGCUGCUGCUCUACUUCAUAGCUCUGGCGAUUGGAACCCUCUACUCCAACGCCCUCUUCCAGCUCAUCCCCGAGGCUUUUGGUUUUAACCCUCUGGAAGAUUAUUACGUCUCCAAGUCUGCAGUGGUGUUUGGGGGCUUUUACCUUUUCUUUUUCACAGAGAAGAUCUUGAAGAUGCUUCUUAAGAAAAAUGAGCAUCAUCAUGGACACAGCCAUUAUGCGUCUGAGACACGUCCUUCCAAGAAGGACCAGGAAGAGGGGGUGACCGAGAAACUGCAGAAUGGGGAUCUGGACCACAUGAUUCCUCAGCACUGCAGCGAGCCCGACGGCAAGGCCCCGGCGAUGGACGAGAAGGCUGUUGUGGGCUCGCUCUCUGUCCAGGAUCUGCAGGCUUCUCAGAGCGCCUGUUACUGGCUGAAGGGCGUCCGCUAUUCUGAUAUCGGCACUCUGGCCUGGAUGAUCACCCUCAGUGAUGGCCUCCACAAUUUCAUUGACGGCCUGGCCAUCGGGGCCUCCUUCACCGUGUCUGUUUUUCAAGGCAUCAGCACCUCAGUGGCCAUCCUCUGUGAGGAGUUCCCACAUGAGCUGGGAGACUUUGUCAUUCUGCUCAACGCCGGCAUGAGCAUCCAGCAGGCCCUCUUCUUCAACUUCCUUUCCGCCUGCUGCUGUUACGUGGGGCUGGCCUUUGGCAUCCUGGCCGGCAGCCACUUCUCUGCCAACUGGAUCUUUGCCCUGGCUGGAGGGAUGUUCUUGUAUAUUGCUCUGGCCGACAUGUUCCCCGAGAUGAACGAGGUCUCUCAAGAGGACGAACGGAAGGGCAGCGUCUUGGUCCCCUUUGUCAUCCAGAACCUGGGCCUCUUGACUGGUUUCACCAUCAUGCUGGUGCUCACUAUGUAUUCAGGGCAGAUCCAGAUUGGGUAGGGCCCGAGGCUGCCCAAGCCCUGGCCCGAGGACGCGGCACCCACGAAGCCCCUCGGAAGAGGCAGUUCUAUUCAAAACUGACAUGGGCUGUAUUCCUGCAUUCAGAUGUCAGCUGUUGUUAAAAUGCUCCGUCCUAGAAUAAGCUGCCCUGUAACCAGUAUCCAAGCCGACCCCUCCUCUCCUCUCCCUCUUCCUCAGAGUGACUCGGGAACCCGAAUGCCCCUAGAAAUCCAGCAGCCUGUCUUCUCCGGUUUCCCUGCCCUCUCCAGCCACCAUGGAGAGAUUUUGAAUCCUUUGCCCUUGAAUGCAAAAAUAAUAGCCAAGUGGUCAUAACCCAGUUCGAAUUAAUCAGGAGGUGAAUAUAGUGUGGGGCCCAUGAAUCUUGAUGUGCACCCUCAACAUCAAGGUGACCCCAUUUAAUGGAUUCACCUAUUCUUUCAAGGUUUGUUCAGCUACCUGUUCUCUCUCAGAGAACUGGGACAGAUAAGUGGGCAGGAGGAGAGGCAGGACCCAUCAUGGGUAAAAGUGGAGGCCACGCCUGAGUCCUGUCCUGGUGGCGACCUCUGUGCAUGGGACACCAGGGGUCAGCUUUGUGGGUGUCCUUGCUCUGAUGACCCAUCAGGUAGAUUCAGUCACUCAGGUCACUCCUUCUUUCAUAUUAAAACAGGCAGGAUGGGGCCAGAGAAGGGAGACCUGCCAGCAAUCAGUUUUGCUGUGAUUUCGACCUCCCCUCCCCCACUUGCGUCUGCAGGAGGCUUUCUGCUGCCUCCCCUGAGAAGCACACUCUGAGCACAUUCCCAAGGCAGACCUUGGCGGUGGGGAGAUGGCACACACGGAUAGCCCAGGUCAGCACACCCGCCACAGCCUGGCCACAGCCUGCAAGUUGGCAUGUGGAACUGGAGUGCAGCUCGUGGUCUUCUCAGAUGAGGACAGUCAGGAAUGGACUUGGUGCAGACACAGGAGGCUUGGUUAGUCCCAUGAUAGAAGUGCUGGGGCAUUGCGAGGCUGUGCAGAACAGGGGACGCGUGGAUCGGUCUGCGGUGGGUUUUCAGUGACACUAUAUAGGUUACCCCACCCAAGAAAGGGCCAGCUCUGUGUUGCGUCGACUAUUAACUGCUCUAAUCCUCUUCAGAAAGUGGAUGGAUAGACUUAUCUGUGAGACUGUAGGCCAGCCUCAGGCACUGUGGGGCCCUCUCCUUGGGACUUUGGCUUCGAGGGGAGCUGAUCUCCAGGUUCACUAGGUGAAUUGAUUUAUUAUUAUCAUAUUGAUAUGUGAGUUUCUUUAGCCACUUUGGGGAGCUGAUCUCUCCAGAAGCCUUCCUUAGUGGUGCCCACAGUUGCAGCCUGGGGGCUGUGUCUGCAAGCUGACCUGUGUGCAUGGCUGAGCGCUGGCUCAUGACCAGCACCUGCAUUUCUGUUCUUACACAGAAGAACUUGAGACUACCCAGUAAUGAAACACAGUGUCUAUUUCGCUUUUUUCUUCUUGGGAAACCUCCCUCAAACCAGGAAUAUUCUUAAAAAGAAUAUGAGCAGGAACUCACGGCUGAUGAUGCUCCCUUUAAGUUUUUCCUCCCAUCUUGGCUUGCUGAUUUUGAUAGAUUUAAGAAUGGGCUGAAGAAGGACAGUUAUCAAGACUCUAGAAGUAUCAGGACUGAUUCCUGAUAGGAUUAUGGUCCAGUUUACCAAAGAACCAAUUCCUCGAAUGUUGGAAUCUAACUUUUUAUUGUGUCAUUAUCAUCAGUUACUUUUGGAAAACAACUCUUUGUCUUUUCCUGUUUUAUUUUUCUCAUACUGCUUUCAGGAGCUGCAGAAAGUAACACUCAAACCUUAGGGCUUUAGAAGAUUUUGCUGUCCUUAACUCAUAUUGAUAUAUUAAAUUUAUCACUUUUAGCAUUCCCUAUAGAUCUGUCAUCUGUCAUUCCUUCCAAAGGCCGUUAUUCUUGGAGUAGAACACGUAAGUUAGUUAGUUAGUGGGCUUCUAGGUUAGGAGAAGAAUGCAAAAAUGUAGUCUUUAAAAAAGCAAAAAAUGAAACAUGAAGUAGUAGGGCUCUUCCCUGUUUUGUGCUCAUCUCUGUUAAGAACUAACUUCCCUAGACAGCUGCCUGCAAAGGGAAAAAUCUUCAAACAGUAAGUGGUCCAGAAGCCAGUCCUUCUCGGAGCUGAGGAGGGAUGGAGACUCAUUCGUGCAGCUGAUAGUAUAUUGCUGCUGGCAAUAGAUUUGCUUCAUGAAUUGGAAGUGCGGCGAUUUCCCUUUGACUUGUAAGUGUUGAAUUUGCUGUUUUAAGCAUUGGUACAUAUAAGAAGUCUGAGGAAUGGCGAGUUUGAGACUCUUUUCUCCGUCGAUGUCAGCAUCUUCAUCCUCUCGUUCCCCAGAUGAACCGGCUCCUCGUAGCCUCAGCAAGACAGGUGUAAGUCAUGUGCGGGGUAGCGACCCAGGAACAGACUCUGCCUUCAUUGCCCAUGACAUGCAGAUGCCUUCUGUCCUUGCCCCCAAAGGUCCUUUGUGUCCAGUGUCAACCUAGGAAUGCCCCUCAUUUCUUUCUCACCCUGGCUUUGAAAGAGAAGGCACCUCUGUUUGGUUUUACAAGAAAAUUUGUUUUCAGUAGUCCUGAAGAGAUGGCAGAAUGCCAAAGAUCUGCUUAAAACCCAGUCAGUUGUCUGAUUUUUGCAAAAGAGCUAGUUUUUUGUUGUUCUUUUUUUUUCCUUUUACAGUUCUGCAAUUCCAUCACAGUAUUUUUUAAAUAA